AGGGAAUUAGACAGACUGGCAGCAAAAAUCUCGGCAGUAGCUUACAGGUUGUGGUGCUGAAGUUGAGUGCUGCAGUGACUGGCAGGCGAGCAAGCAGUGCUGAGUGCUGCUGGCAUGUUGCUUCUCCCCUGCUGGGGGGACUUUCUAGUUGGCCUGGACCAUGAGCAAUGAGUCUACCGUCUGGAACACCCUACCAGAAAACUCCACAAUCCCAUUCGAGGCCGAGGAGCAGCAAGAUGGCUAUGUGCUCCUCUUGGUGAUCCUCUCCAUCUUCCUGGUAGGAACGCUGAUCUUCAUCUCUGUCCUCCUCAUCGCCUGCCGUCGCUGCUGUCGAGGAGGGCAAUGCUGUGACAGGGCCAGCGAUGACCCUGAGAAAACCAACACCACCUACAUGGAGGAAUCUCAGCCCACCCAUGAAAUCACCAUCAGGGUGGAUGAGUCAGACUGCCUGUCAAUGGCCAGCUCUCACGACCAAGAGACAGAGCGCUUCCUCUCCACGGGCACCACAGGCCGUCGUGUCUCUUUCAAUGAGGCUGCGCUCUUCGAUCAUGGCAAGAAGGCUCAGGAGAAGGGCCGCAGGUACACUCUGACUGAAGGUGACUUUCACCACCUGAAGAACGCCCGCCUCACACACCUCCACAUCCCUCCCCCGGCCCUCAAGAUAGUCACCAUCCACGAGUGCGACUCGGCCGAGAACACCAUCACCAUGACAACACGCCCUGUCACUAAGUCAGCGCUUUCCAUCUUCCAGCCAAUGCUGUGCCCACUUCCACAAACAGCCUUGACCAGCCUGAGUGUCAAUCCCAGCUGUGCCCUCCCUGGAGAUGCUCUCAACUCUGUGGUGGACACCAGCUUCAGCGAGAACACUAUAGCACUCAGCACUAAAGAGCCAAGCGCCAGCUCUAUCGAGAUGAUGGGAGCUGGGCCUCGGGGCAGAGGCAGCAGUGUCAGUGUUGGAGAAGGGGCUGUGGUGGGCAGCAGUGCCCCUCCUGCUGGUGGCGGUGCAGGAAGCCAGGGGCCCGUGCUGCAGUUCUUCACUAAACUGCGGCGCCAUGCUAGUCUGGAGGGGGCCAGUCCCUACUUCAAGAUUAAGAAAUGGAAGCUGGACAGCAGCCAGAGAGCCUCAAGCCUGGACACCAGAGGCUCUCCAAAGAGGAGGCAGUUCCAGCGUCAGCGAGCCGCCAGCGAGAGCAUGGACCAGGACGACAAUGAUGCGCACCACAUAGACCUCAUCCAGUACAUCGCCCGCACCCAGGACAUCACCUACUGUCCCAGCCAGCCCACUACACGCCUCCUCUCGCCCCCUUCUACACCACCCCCCUCCCUUGGCAGGGUAGAGGUAGAGGUGAUGGUGGAGCCCCGCUGCAGCCAUGGAGGACCAGGGGUGAUUGGCCUAUCCCCUGAUCCCCAAGAGGAAGCACUGAACCUCACAAAAAAGGAAGGUGCUGAACCCUCGGACCCCCUUGAUCCCCAGGACCCCCAGUCCCUUUACACAGACAUCUGGACCCUUCGUGCAACACUGGAACAGUACGCCGCCUCUGAUCAGAGCAGCAACAAUGACAGGAACUCCGUCUGCAGUGAUGCUGACAGCGUGUGUUCGCUGGGUGGACGCACAGAGACAGAAAGAGGAGGGCUCCCCAGCUUCCCGUCCCAGGAUUUAGGGGAUGAGGCAGAGGGUGGAGAGGACGACAAGGACUUUCUGAUGUAUACGGAUGAGAGGUUGGGAAUGAAGGAGGGAAAAAAGAGGAAGCAGGAAAGCACAGAAUCAGAGCGAGGGGGCAGCGAUGGAGAAACAGGGACUCGUAAACUGCUGCAGAUGGACAGUGGCUAUGCAUCUAUAGAGGCUCCAUCUCGAGGUCCAGAAGACCUGCGACUGUUUGGGAGCAGCAGCAUCAGUGGCAGCCUAAAGGACAGGACAGCCCACGAGAAAAGGCACCACUUCACCAACGCAGGGCGAAGUGGCACUAUUGGUGACAGCUUUGAGUCUCAUCUCUUUGAGGAGGAGCCAGAAGAUGAGUUGUUGUUGGGUGCCAGUGGAGGAGUUUCGCUAGAAACAGGUUCUGGUCCACUGAGCUGGUUCCCAUAUGGUCAGAUGCUUAAACCUCAUGAGGCCGCGCAACCUUCACCUCAACCACCAACCCUGCACCGACGAGACUACAGCAUAGAUGAGAAGACAGACGCGCUAUUCCACGAGUUUCUCCGCCACGACCCUCAGUUUGAUCAGCAGGAGUCACCGCUAAGGAAACACCGGUCACGAAUCCAUAUCCGCAAGCAGUGGCAGCGGCACAAGCAGUGGAGCGAUCCUGGUGUCAGGCACUUCCAGUCCUCCUUUGAGAGACAGCGGACCCCGCUACGGAGGGGUGAUAGUGUAAACUACCCACUGGACACAAGCUACCACAGCACCCUGCCCCGCAUCGUCAGUGCUCCUGAUGAGGAGACCAGCGACGGGACCGGCAGCGCUCCUGACACUCCGAAGGUAGAGCCUACGACCACUGAGGAUGGGGGCAAGGACAGGGAGCAAGGCAUUGCUGUCAGAGACACUGAGGACCACACCUCCUCUUCUCCUCCACCUCCUCAUCCCUGCAUGUCAGAGAAAGAUAGAGGGCUGAGUGAGCACCCUGACCCUCAGGAGGACAACAAACAGUCAAGCGUCCCCCCUGAGCCUCCAGACGAGCGCUCACCCCCUCUGCCGCCCGACUCCUCGGGCUACGGCCCACAAACCAUCACAGCAGAGCUCACAGACAAACUGACUGCUAACCUGGAUGAGAGGCUGUACAUGGGCCUUCGCAGGACCAGGGACACAGCCACUGAGUGUGUGACAGUGACAGCCACACACACUUCUCCAGACCACAGCCCAGUGUAGCAGGGCUCCAGUCGUCCUCCUCGUCAGCCUCACUCCUGCUGUUACACACUUGUUUUUUUUGUUUGUUUUGUCUUGCCUCGGUUUAAAUGUCUCUUUGUGUACAGCUUGAAUGGUGUGAUCCAGGCCCAUAAAGAAACAAUGGAAAGUAUGCUUUAAAUCUACAUCAGUCCACAAUUAAACACUUAUGCUCAGAUAAUGUUAGAUACAGUUGAUUCGCUAGAAAUGCAUCCAGUCUCGCUUUAUGCCUGUUAGCAUUACAAAACUGUUCAAUAUCAUCAUUUUACACUUCAUUGAAGAACAAUAAUAGAAAUCAAAGUAACAGAUUAACAGAGCUAACAUAUCAGAAAUAAUGAUUAUAGAAAUAAGUGUUUGUCCAUUGUUUUUUUUCUGUGUCCGUAGUCUAUUUAGUCUCUGUUUUCAUGUCUCUGCUGCUGUCAUUCCUGUCUCUGCUUUCCAGUGAGGAUAAGUGAAGCCGAGGGCCAGUUUGGCCUCUGUACUUGUUGAUCCACUGUGAAACCAGGUGCUAUUAGACAACAAGAAAGCUAUAGAUCUGGACACAACAGAUACCUGCCAGCCCUGUGAUCAUACAUUACUGGAAAAUAAGUAGUUCUCUCAUACUUAUGAGCUUAAAAGGUUACUCACAAUAUCAUGAUCUGUUGCCCAUAAAGUUGGAAUAAUUUUUUCAGACACAUUCUUUUUUUUAUUCCUAUUUAUAGAUAUCAGUAAUCACA